CAAGGAAGUGAGUUGCAAAAUGGACGCAAAUAUUUUAAUGUGUAUGUUCUUUAUCCAUGUUAUCACUGGUGGAUUAUCAGAUGCAAUAAAUCUGACCUCAUCAUCUGGUAUUGCUUCUGUUGGUGUUGACUUCACGCUAUCCUGUAAAUCGAAUGUACUCAGUAUUGUUUUCAAUAGAGGUAGUAAACCUGAAUGUAUAAUAACAGGUGCUAAUCCAGAUGGUACUUGUACUUUCUUUGGCGACUACAACAAGAGUUACAAAUACCGAUGUGAUAAUAGUGCGGGUGUGUACAACCUGACAAUACCAAGCUCAGUUGACAUUGACACUUUACAUGGAAGUGAAUGGCGAUGUAGCGCACCAUCAAUACCCGCAAAUUCACCAGUUUUUACGCUUAUUGUGUACGUGCCAGUUACACAAGUAUACAUUGCAACAAAGCCAAUUGAUGAUAAUUCACCAGGUAUUAUAGUUAGCAGGAGUAAAACCUUCACUUGCACAACAAAUGCUGGUAGACCGUCAUCAAGUAUACAGUGGUAUAAAUCUACAGAAAACAUUACGGGUUUAUCUACUCCUCAGGCCGAUACUAAUGGCAACGGUGGUAAACUUAUAUCAUCUAGUGAACUGACGUACACUGGAAUCAAAUCAGACGACGGGAAAGUAAUAUACUGUACAGCUGUGAAUGGUAUGAAUCCAAUGGUCAGAUCAGAAAACAAAUCCAUUGUCAUCUGGUAUGGGCCUAGCAGUGUAACCUUCUCCCCACUAGCACAAAUAUAUACAGUUAAUGAGUCAACAGGUAGUGUUGGGCCAGUUACUUGUCAAGCCCAUGACUGCAAACCUGAAUGCAAAGUUAGAUGGAUAGGACAAACAUUUACUGGUGAUACCUCCAUGACCUCAUCUGUAUUAAACCUGCGAAACAUGUUCAGGAACCAGACAGGAAACUUUUUUUGCAGUGCAUCAAAUCAGGCCUGGAACAAGACAUCUAUUUACAUUAGUGUUAUUGUCAAUUAUCGUCCAACCAAGGUCCACUUAACCCCAUCAAGUCAGGUAUACACUGUUCAAGAGACCACAGAUAGCGUUGGACCAAUUAGUUGUACAGCUGAUUGUAAACCUGAAUGUAGAAUGACAUGGAAUGGACCUAAUAUUCCUGAUGGUACCACAUCUGUCUUGAAUUUACAGAACAUCGAUAGAAACCAGGCAGGAGACUACCGGUGUAUGGCUAAAAAUAUUAUUGGCAGUGAAAUGUCUGUUAUAGUGAAUAUAAUGGUUAUGUACGGACCAGGACAGGUUAACAUUGAGCCAAACACACUGGUAUACACGGUAACAGAGACAACAGGAGAUAUUGGUCCUAUCACAUGCACAGCUGAAUGCAAUCCUAACUGUUCAAUGUCAUGGACAGGACCAACUAUUCGUAGUGGAGCUUUAUCCGUGCUUCAUCUACGGAACAUUGACCGUAAUCAAGUAGGGAGUUAUAUGUGUACGGCGACAAAUAUUUACGGGAGUAAGACAUCUUCAACUGUCAAUGUUAUUGUUGAGUACGGUCCAAGGAAAGUUAACAUAAUACCUUUAAAACAGAACUUCACAGCUAUAGAGACAGUUGGAAAUAUUGGUCCCAUUAACUGUACAGCUGAUUGUAAACCUGAAUGUACUAUGACAUGGAAUGGACCUAAUCUCCCAAAAAGCAUUACAUCUGUACUAUACCUGCAGAACAUCAACAAAACCCAAGCCGGAAAGUAUUCAUGCAUUGCUUCAAAUAGUGUUAGUAGUCUGGCAUCUGGUCAUAUUAACGUUAUCGUUCAUUAUGGCCCUGCCGUUGUUGAUAUUUCACCUCAAACACAGUUUCACAUAGUAAACGAAACUGACAGAGUGACAAAUAUAAUAUGCACAGCAGAUUGUAACCCCAGAUGUAUGUUGACAUGGACAGGACCUAAUUUGCCUGCCAAGCUUUCUGGUUAUGCGUCAUCUAUGCUGAAUAUUCCCAAUAUUGACAGGAACCAAUCAGGAACGUACAAAUGUAAUGCUUUGAAUAGUGUUGGUAGCAAGAUAUCAUUACAUAUAAAUAUUAGUGUGAACUUUCUACCAGCAGUGAAUACUAUUUUUGGAAGCAGAUCAUUUCAUGAAAACGACACUGCUGUAUUUUCAUGCAAUGUGAAGAGUGUACCAUCUUCGAACAUAACAUGGUUUUUUGGGGAACAGAUCCUUGGAAAAACUCAUAUGAUUUUUAUUCACGAUAUACGGGAACAAAACAUCAAUGUCCAAGUUAGUACACUGACUAUCAGUCAAAUUGGAUGCUUAUCAAUGGGGAAAUAUACUUGUGCUGCUAACAAUAUCAUCGGUGAAGAUACGAAGAAAAUUGACAUCGACGUAAGAUGUUCUCCAAGAGUAAAUUCAAUAGAGUAUAAUGUUACAAAAUUGAUUGCAGUCAAAGACAAAGAGCCUUUAAAUAUAACGGUCCCAAUAAUUGCAUACCCUACACCUUAUAUUUAUUGGACUUUAAUAAAUAAUAAAACGUCUGUUAAUAUAACACUAAAAACUUCAAACAGUGUUAUCAACAAUAGAGUAUUUUCUAGUCUGUAUUUAGAAAAUGUAAUCGAGAAAGAUUUUGGACAUUAUUACAUUUAUGCCGGCAAUGGAAUUGGUAGUAGAAAAGAUUAUAUAUAUUCCGUCGAAGUAAUUCCUAAAAGGGAGCCCAUGCCACCAUUUUUAUAUAUCGUUUGCAAGUCCACAACAGCCACAAUAAUAUGGAAACCUGGGUUCAAUGGAGACAGUUCUGACAGAUUUUAUGUAAUGUAUUCCGAAAAAGGACAGAAAGUUAUAACAAAACAGGUAGAUCUAAAUGAACGGGAAGAAUCCUCAGUAUCUACGGUAACUGAAUUAAAACCGGCUAUGGAAUAUAACUUCGCUAUAGUUGCUGAAAAUCAGUUUGGACAGUCCAGCUCUCGCACAGUAAUAUGCAUAACUGAUGCUGGUAAGGUAUAA